AAACUUCACUCUUAUUUAUUUUCUUCCUUACCUCCCCCCUUUUUUUGUAAAAAAAAAAAUAUUUUAAUUUCUGUUCAGGUUACGUCUCGACGGUACUUAUUCCCCCCUCCGAUCGUAUCACCUGUCAGUCUGUAAAGCCAUGUCGCUACCAUCAUCUCUGCUGCUUCUCCUUGGACUCAUCACCUGGAGUCCCAGCUCAACGUGGGGCGCUAAAGUGAUUGUGGUCCCACCCAUUAUGUUUGAGUCUCACCUCUACAUCUUCAAGACGCUGGCGACAGCUCUACUCCAAGAGGGCCAYGAGAGCCAUUUUCUAGUCUCAGAGGGUCGUGAGGUCCCCCCCUCUCCUCACUACCAUUUGCAGCGCUACCCAGGGAUCUUUAACAGCAGCACAGCUGACAACUUCCUCCAAUCGAAAGUCAGCAACAUCUUCUCAGGCCGCCUGACAUUUCUGGAACUAUUUGACAUUCUUGACCACUAUUCUCAGAACUGUGAUGCGGUUGUUGGCAAUGUUGAAGUCAUGAACCGCCUGAAAGAAGCCAAGUUUGACCUGCUGCUAGUGGACCCCAAUGAAAUGUGUGGCUUUGUGAUCGCUCACAUCCUCAAUGUGCAAUACGCUGUGUUCAGCACAGGCCUGUGGUACCCCGCAGAAGUCGGAGCCCCAGCGCCGUUAUCAUAUGUGCCCGAGUUCAACUCUCUGCUGACAGACCGCAUGUCUUUAAUGGAGAGGAUUGCGAACACAGCCGUUUACCUGGUGCAGCGGUUUGGUGUCCAUUUCAUUGUGUUGCCCAAAUAUGACCGGAUUAUGAAGAAACACGGAGUAAAGCCUCAGGUGGCCAUGGCCGACUUGGUGCAGGGGAGCCGGCUGUGGAUGCUGUGCACCGACRUGGCUCUGGAGUUCCCAAGGCCUACCCUUCCUCAUGUGGUCUACAUAGGAGGCAUCCUCACCAAGCCCCCCAGCCCUCUACCACAGGAUUUUGAGUUGUGGGUUAGAGACACCACAGAGCACGGCUUUGUGGUCGUGUCRUUCGGAGCUGGAGUCAAGUACCUCUCGCAGGACAUUGCUCACAAACUGGCAGGAGCGCUCGCCAGGCUGCCCCAGCGUGUCAUCUGGAGAUUCUCCGGCAUUGCCCCCAGUAAUCUUGGGAACAACACCAAGCUUGUUGACUGGAUGCCUCAAAAUGAUUUAUUGGGCCAYGCUAACACAAGGGCUUUUCUGAGCCACGGGGGCCUGAACAGCAUCUACGAGGCCAUGUAUCAUGGAGUACCAGUGGUGGGUGUGCCCCUUUUUGGAGACCAUUACGAUACUAUGACUCGUGUUGCAGCCAAAGGGAUGGGUAUCAUGCUGCACUGGAAGUACAUGACAGAGGACGAUCUCUUUAAAGCUCUGACCAGCGUCAUCGAAGACACCAGGUAUCGCCAGCAGGCACAUCUUCUCUCCAGCAUUCACAAAGAUCAGCCAGGCCACCCUGUGACCAGGGCUGCCUACUGGAUCAGUUACAUCCUCCGUCACAACGGUGCCAAUCACCUGCGCUCGGCGGUGUACAACGUGUCCGUCUAUCAGUACUUUCUACUGGAUGUGGUUUUCACUCUAGCAGCUGGCCUUGCUCUCRCAGGCUUUUUGCUGAGCAGGUUGGUGCGAUUGCUUAAAGGGAAGCAUAGCAGAGGAGGCGCUACCAGGGAUGAUGGUACCUUGACCAACGGACACUGCCAUAGUGGGAGCCUUGCCAACGGGAAGCACAAACGCAACGGCUCCUUAAAAAGCGAGAAGAAGCUGAAUUAACGGUUUACUGGCAAAGCGAAGACGAAGGUGCCCCGAGGACUCGUUCACUAGGUUUGUUUCAUCGCUUUAACGAAAGCUUGGAGGGGAGGAAAAAAAAAAAGAAGCUGUUUUUAGGUCUGCGUCAGGAGGCGACUGCCACUCAGAUGGAGUGUGAGGCUGUGGGGAGGAUAACACUACGCAUCGAGUGGAGACAGAGCAAGGCAUCGGGUGCUCAAAAUCUGUGUGUAUGUGUGUGUGUUUAGGUGAAUGUUUAAGUGUGCAAAAAGGCAAAUUUAACAACAAAACAAAACUGUAACAGCAACUACAGCAYGACACUGGAAAAGACACGUUAGAGGACGCUGUUUCUGUACGAGCAUCAUCUCCUUCGAGUUCUCUGCUGUCUUCCUGCCCUUCUCACCUGUAGAAGGAUGAUGAAAAAAAAAAAAAGGAGUCGGGUGAGGAGGAUCCUGAGCGCCAACCAUUCAUCCUCAGAACAAAACAUCCAGCAGCUUUGGAMAUACUUAGAAUUUAAUGCUUUAAACUGCAAACUCCAAGUGUCUGGUAAACUGUAAAUACAAGAUAAAUCUAUUUAUUGCUGCUCAGAAGCUUUUUAAUGACACCUUUUUAGCUUUAUCUCUUGUUUUUAAUUUAUUUCAUGCAUCAGAGGUGUGACUGUGUGAUCGUAGACUUGCACUUCAUACUCUAAACUCACAUCCGCACUGUUGCUCUUUAUAAUUAAAACAAAUACAGAUGACAACAGUCAUUCUAAGCGUGUCCUGAAGCCCUGUGCUUUCUGCUCUAGGAUAAUCUGCAGUAUUUACUGCGGUAAUCAGACUCAUCAGUGUGAAAACAAACCAUUUUCUCUUUUUACAUGGUAGUGCCAACUUGUGAUAGCCUUUAGGAGUGUGGCACUGUCAUUGUAUCCUUAUUGGCCUUUGUUCUGGUAGAGAAUAACUCUACUGUCUGGCGUCUGUGUGAAAAGGUGAUCACGUUAAUAUGAGAAAUACAGUAAUUAAAUGCACAAAAGGAUAAUAAAGAGGGGAAAUGUGUUUAAGYCCAGCUUAAAAAAAACUGAUGGAGAAUGAGUCAUAACAUAACUUUUUGUUGAUUAGUUUGCAUUCCUAGUAAAAUUUCAUAGCUUGGAUGCCAUUUUAAAUGCUGCACUUAACUUUGUCCAGCUUUUUUUCAUUUCACAUUUAGUUGUUUAUUAUUUCUUAAUAAUUCUAACUUGCGUUGCGAAUGUUUGUUCUAAAUUUUACUGUUCGUGUUGCGUUUCCCCACUCACUGUUUCCGCUUCAAUUCGUUUGAUAAACUUUGCCGUUUAGGUCCAAACCGGCCCGCUUUAUUUAAUUUGUAAUAAUUUUGAGGAUGAAUGAAUCACAUUAACAAUGUGGCCUUUUAUAAUGCAAAUUGAAGUGUGUGGUGUAUGUGUGCUUGUUGUUCCAAUGUUUUAGAACGUUAGAUGGCGUUAGACUGAGUAUGGGUAAUGAUAUGUUUUAGCCCGUUGAGAUUCUUGUGAAAAUAGUUUCUGACGUAAAAAUAUGUUUAUGCACCAAAAACAUGCAUAAAAAACAUUUUUCUUCAAGUUAGUCAUCCUGAGUGACUUUUUCCCCACUUUCUUUUCUCCCUUGACCUUUUAUUAAAGAGAUAGAUUUUUUUUAAAAGUGGGGUUUUGUAUGAGAGUUAUGACCAGUUAAUAUCUUACCCAUUGUAGAUUUAAAUGAUCUCAGUUUGGAGAAAUUGUUUAAUUCUGACUGGAUUGUUUGCUGCUCUCAGUGCUGUUUGCACUUACAUAUGAUAGAAUUUAAUAAAAAAAAGUAAUGUAAAAGUGAAACUGGGCGUGAUGAGGUAAAAAAUGUUUUUCUAGGAAAAGCUAUGAAAAUUUUCAGAUUUGAUGUUUUGAGAGUGCAGAAAGCUUAUUCUUCAAAGUUUMUUCAGAGCUAUCUACAGCAGGUAAGAUAGCGAUUGUUCACAACCUGUCUCAAAAAGAACUGAACUACCACUUUAAACCUCUAGCUGUUCAUUUGAAAUAAAUUUAGGAAAAGAGAGAGGGAAAACUUUAAACCUGUUUGCCAGCUUAAAGCACUCUGCAGCCAGGUGGAUCUUUUCAGGGACUGAACACCUUGCUAAUGGGAUAUUUCACCAAAGCAGUAAAAUUCUUGCGGACAUAAUAACCACUCCUGUGACACGUACUGCAAUUUUCUGUCUAUAUAUWUUUUUCUGAACAAACCAAACGUCUACUUUGUAAAGCUAAAAAUUACAGUAGCAUUCUAACAAGGUAGCUGUUUACCAACUAAAUAUGGGCUCAGUUGCAGCCAGAAAAUGGUAAUAAAUAGUAAAAAACAGAAGUGUUCACUUAAUUCAAGAAAACAACCAUUUCACUAGUAUGUUUAGUAUAUUUUCUUUCUCUGUGAGCUACAAAAUACACUUGCACAGCASAACCGAGCCCUGCUAAAAUUAAAAAGAAAAAAAAAAGAAGGGACUCUCAUACUUGAAUCAACAACUUAAUCAACAUCAGCUGCUUAGGCUCCUACCUGCAGGUGCUACACAAGCUAUGAACAGAGUCUGAAGCRUUUAGAAAAUGUUAGUGACAAUUUAUCUUUUUGUUAUUUUGCAGUAUUAAUGUUUUUGCCCACACAGGUCAAAAAGAAGAAGUCAUCUUUUAAUCUAAUUUAAUGUGCAGAUUGUGCAGUCUGACAUUGUCUCCAGUUUUGUAACGUUUGUAUGUCCUCAACUUGAAAUCUGAAUUUAUAAGUGCACUUGGUUGUUCCUUCGUCCUGCUGUAAUCUAGUUGCCUUUUUACCUCCAUUCUCAUGUAUUAGCUCUCUUUUCUUGCUUUAUUUUGAGAUGACACAAAGUUUUCACUUUUUUUUUCCUGUCAUGCGUGUCUCUGUUGUAAAUAGAAUGUAAACAAAAUACUAAUGCUGAAUAAAAAUGGCACAUUUUGUUUGCAGA